AUGGGUGCUCUGGCGGGCCUAGCAGCAUGGCGUUGGCCAGGAACGCCGGGGCCAAUAUCAUUACAGGGCGUGCCGCUACCGCCUCAGGCAGUGUACGUUGACCCUCUGUCCUUCGCUGUGCAUCCUCCGGGCGCGCCUUUUCGUGGAGACGGAUGGACGGAUCACUUCAACCCGACCAACACGUCGCCGCCAUUCUUCCAGGUUUUCCACCCCGGUUUUCUCAAGAUCCUUGGCUCGAGUCCAUCUAUUCGCGCCAUUGCUACGAACCCCGGUUUCGCGUUCGCGCACGAAGCGCCCAUCUGGGUCCCCGGGACAGACGAAAUCUUCUUCAGUAGCCAGGACGGCGGAUACCUUGGUUUCAGUGACUGGGAAAACAAUAACGAGGUCGGGAAGCUAAGCCUGGGUGACGUGAAAGAGGCGUCAGUGGCAAGCCGAAGCCGGACGAGCCUUCUCAAUGUCACAGUAACUCCACUCUCCCUACCGGACACUGUACAGAUGACGAAUGGAGGGACGGGUCCCUAUUAUGGGUCCUUGCUGCUCAUUAAUUCAGGCCGAGGUGUGCGCCCGCCCAAUCUUGUCCUUGUCAACCCGUCUGCGCCCCACAAUGCAACUGUCAUCCUCGACAACUACUUUGGGCGACAAUUCAACUCACUCAACGAUGUGAAGAUACACCCGCGCAGCGGAAAUAUCUACUUCACAGACGUAACGUACGGCUGGCUGAACCACUUCCGCCCAUCACCCCUUCUUCCGAACCAAGUCUAUCGGUUUGACCCAAAUACAGGCAAUGUUCGAGUCGUCGCAGAUGGCUUUAUUCGCUGCAAUGGACUGGCCUUCUCCGGGGACGGCAGACUUGCAUACAUCGCAGACUCCGGCGCUGCAGGAGGCUUCUUAGGAAAGAACGCGACUGACCCAGCGACCAUUUACGCGUACGACGUGGACCCGCAAAGCGACGUGCUCCUCAAUCGGCGUGUCUUCGCAUACGUCGACGCCGGUGUUCCGGACGGUGUCCAGGUUGACAAGCUCGGCAACGUAUACGCUGCCUGCGGAGACGGUGUGCACGUCUGGGACCGGUCGGGAACGUUGCUAGGCAAGUUCUUCAUCGGUACUGAGUCUGCAAACAUAGCGUUCGCGGGACGUGGACGGUUGGUCAUCCUGGCGGAAACUGCCAUAUAUCUCGCGGAGAUAUUUGCCGACGGUGUAAAGGUCUCGUGGCCGUGA